CUGAAUCCGCGGACAAUAAUGCAUACUCUGCAUCGGCGUCGUCGUUGAAGCUGCUGUUAUGGCUUCGUCUGCCAUUUCUUUGCAGCCUCUCACAUCGGGUCCCCAAUUCAAUUGGUUCUUUUUGCUGGAGCUCAUUGUUUGCGGGAUCCUAACGUUGUUCUUCCUCUUUUAUUUUAAUCGUUUCCUCGCGACGUUAGUUUCCUACGGCAUCCGCGCGUAUACAUGGCAUUACUACCGGGCGUAUGUAGACAUUCAAGCUCUUCAAGUCUCCUUACUUGGCGGAAGGAUAUUCUUCAAGGGGAUACGAUAUCAUGGGGUGAAUGAGACAGUCCUCAUCCAGCGCGGUCAUAUAACAUGGAACUACUGGAUGCGAACAGUCAGAAGACUGGACCUCACACGGAAAGAUACAACUAUCGGAACAAAAGACCCCAAUCAUGGAGGGUCGGCAUCAGCAAAUGCUGACGGACAAGCCGACGGAACAGAGGAAAGUGGUGGCUUGAAAGCCGAGACUCAACUUCCCUGCCGGAUAGUGAUUGCCUUAUCUGGACUGGAGUGGUUUUUGUACAAUCGCACCCCAGCCUACGAUGAUUUACUCUCCGGCUUCACCCCUUCAACAGAUGCAACCCCUGAGUCGCAAGAAGAUAACGGUUCAAGUACAUCGGGAGCAAGCACUAGCCGACAAGCAUCUGAAAGCGAUCUUUCCCCGCGCUUCAAGCCUACCAUCUCAAAGGAGUCAACAUCUGGGAGUGAGCCGCCGGUUAGACCGCAAGGUCACCGCAUGAAUACGGCAUUUUCGUCUAUUCAAGACAUGUCCUCCCAGAAAUACGAGGCAUUGGAAGCUGCAUGGAGUUUUCUACAGUUUCUGCCCAUACAAGUGGAUUGUACGAAGGGUGCAAUUGUAGCAGGAAACGAAGCCACUCAUUCUCUGUUGACUGUAACAUUCGACAAGGGGGUUGGGUCCAUCGAUGCGUCGGAUGCCGGCCCUCUUGACAUAUACCGCCAGCUAUUCAAUUUUGACUUCUCACACCCUGUGGUUCAGAUACGGCCUAACCCCGACUUCAAGCAAGAACAAUUGGCGACGGCUCGGGCGAUAAACCCUUCCUACCAUGACGAAGCGGAACGUAAGUCACGAAGAAGUUAUCGUAUGGCAUAUCGGCGCAGAAAGCAUGAAGUGUGGCACUCGCUUCGUAAUUUAGUCCCGUAUUUCCAGAGUUCUGUGGAAUCAUUUCAUGAGAAAGGAACAAAUACCACAUCAACUAGCCAUACAGGAUUCCCAGUUAAUGACCAAUGGCUUGGACUUUCUCGCUACAUGGAUGAGACAACAGAGAACCAUGAGGGAUGGAAUGCUGUGGAAUAUGCGAGAUACUCGACCAUUCUAGAUUGUCCAUCACUUAGCCUAACGUACUUUUGGGAUAUACCAGGAAAGGUGCCUUCUGAACACCACGAAUCAAAUUCGUCAGUACGAAAGGCAUCCAUGAACGACAUAAAUGGCGACUCUCCACCAGACUGGGGUAUGGAACUGAAGAUCAAAAGUGGCACUAUCAACUACGGCCCGUGGGCAGAUCGCGAACGUAUCAAGCUACAAAAUGUUUUCUUCCCAAAUAACUUCCGAAGUGCUCAGGCAGAGACAGCGUUGAAACCUGGAAGCGUCAGACGAAGCACAAAAUUCAAAUUCGUCCUGGAGAUAGCAGAGGAAACAACUUUGAGGAUUCCUACCCGGGAGGAGUCCAAGGACUGGCAAUGGAAAGGCCGGGCCGAUGCUAUCCGCAGUGCAUCGAAGCUCAAGAAGCAGAAAUCGAAAAGACAACUGCGAGGCAAAGAAAGUGAAAAGACGAAUGCUAGUCCCGAGAUCCGCCCAUUUGGCUGGCUUACAUUCCGCAUUUCUCAAGACUCAACGGUGACCUAUGACAUGGACAUGGUUGCUUCGGACAAAGGGUUCUUCAACCAGCUUCGUCUUGACCUACGGGACUGUAAACUUUCUUCGAGUGUCAAUCACGGUUUACUUUGGCAAAGCGCGCGACAGGUUAUCACUUGUGACCUUUCCAACCCUCUCGUUUGGAAUGCCCCCCAUACAUGGUCUUUCAAUGUAGUCAGCCAUGACUUGCAACUUUUUUUACUACGAGAUCAUAUAUUCCUGAUGACUGAUCUUGUCAGUGAUUGGACGUCAAACUCAACCUCUGAUUACUACACCUUUGUGCCGUUUGUGUAUAACCUUCAGCUUUCCUUUAUCGACCUGCGGCUAUAUCUGAACGUGAACGAAUCAAAUAUCAUCAACAGCCCUUCAGAUCUUGAUGACAACACUUUCAUUGUGCUGAAAGUACCGAGUUUGAUGUCCAAUGUCAGCAUACCUUCAGACAUAUUCCGAGCUGAACAAAGUGAUUUCUCUUUUGAUGUUGCUACGCAAGAGUGCAUUGUCGAUCUUGUGACUCCUUUGUGGCAUACACUACACACAUUCCUAAAAGACAACUCGCUUGGCCGCUUUUCGAAUUUGUCAAUCACAGGAACCUACACCCUCAAUGCUGGAUCAGCACUAUUGGAUACCCUGGCGAUGGACAUUGUUGCAAAUGACCCUAAAUGCUAUCUUUACGGGUUCUUGAUUCGCUAUUUCAUGAAGAUCAGAGAAAACUAUUUCGGAGAUGACAUGCACUUUAAAACGUUGGAAGAGUUCCAAGAACUCGCCAAUGCUGCCACUGAGAACAGAACCGCCCAGAUUGCAUCUAACCCUGCCAAGAAGCAUAGCGAGCUCGAUGUUAUACUCAAUUUAGUCAUUAGAAACCCAUGUGCAUUAUUGCCGACCAACCUCUACGACCAUUCCAAAUGUCUUCGCCUGAAUGCUUCCUCUCUUGAUCUGGACCUAAGAUUCACUAGCUACUAUAUGGAUUUGCAGGUGGACCUUACUCCAACAGAGGUAUCGAUGGAAUCGAUUCAGUCAGAUGGCAAAGCCAAUAUAUCGAAUGUUCAAUUGUUUAUCGACGGAAUAUCAGUCUAUGGUCAUCGUCUAUUUGGACUUCCACCCGCCGAACCUACGUACGUCUGCAAUUGGGAUUUUGAAGUAGGAAAAAUUGUCGGAGAAUGCAGCACACAGUUUUUGCGCUCUGCAGGUGCCGCUAUUCGAAACUUGGAUUUUACUAUGGAUGACGAGGAGAAUGCGUUUCCACCAUUGCAUCCAUUUGUUUUACACGAUGUUACUUUCCUACGUGCUAAGAUUGCUUCUGUCCAUCUCUCUGUCCUGAUAGAUCAGAGUGCGCUUGUUCUUGCUGCUGGCCUCAUCAACUUCAAGCUCAAUGAUUGGUCUCGAUCCCGGUUUUCGAAACGUUUAACGGUAGAUGUUCCAGAUGUCAUGUUAUCUGCAAUUGACAGCAGAUCGGCUGCAAGACAAAGCGAAAGAUCAACAUCGGUGACAACAUACGCUUUAAUUCGAACGAAUAUCAUCUUGUCAAUGCUUGUUCGAAAGUCAAAUCUUCUCGAGCAUCGCAAACAUCAACAAGAUCAUAUCAGAAUCAGUGAUCAAAGAACCCAUCGUACCCCAUGGCUGUUCCUUAAUUCGAAUAAUGCAGACACCUUUUCUGAAAAGGACGGCUCUAAGGUCCAUCCCCCCACUAUGGCUAUUCCCAUGAUGCCCGAACCCGUGGCCGAAAUUAUGCAUACGAUCGAACCGUCCAACUUUCUGUCUAGGGAUCGUCAUUUUUUGAGCCAUAAAGGCUCGUUCUUGUCAUUUGAUGGAUCGAGUUCUAGACGCGUCAAGCAAGAUUACUCAACACCGGUUUCCUCAAACUCAGCCCACCGAAAUUUGAAUGCUCGACAAGAAACUAAUCCUACUUCUUAUACACAUGAACCACAUAUAUACGGCGGAGCUACCCACAUCCUACUGGAUCCUGGACAGAUCUACGAUCGUGAUUCCACUGUUCCAUCAUACGAUAUACCACGUUCUAUGAUUGGGCCGUCCAGUCCCUGGAGCAUGCCUCACUUCCAUUACUAUAAGAUAAUCCCGGACUCAAGCCAUCUUCCACCCCUUCCAAAACUUGCGGAAGACAGAGGAAAUGUCAUAGAAGACAACUUCAUAGCAAAUUUCGGCGAUAACGGAUUGGCUCACUCAGAUCUCUUCUGUGAGGUUCAGCCGGGGUUGCAGGGCUACUGUACACCGGAGUUCUUUCAAGUGAUCUCGUCUCUACUCAGCGGCUUGCAGGCAAGCGAUCCCAUCGACGUGAUUGAUUCGCUACAAGUUGACGUUAUUUCCCACAUUGUGAAACACCAAAAAGCUAAGGAAAAGCAACCAAAGACGGCAUCGAGCUUUUCCGUCAAAAUUCCAUCUGCAAUCUUCACCAUUUUCAAUAAGCUGGAGGAAAUGGAAGAUGAUCCACAGUGUCCCUUGCAAGACCAAUACCAGGUGUCAUGCACACAAUUCAAGCUCACGAUGCAGACAAAGUCAGAAAAAGGGGAACACGAUAUGAUACGUGAUAGUCGGGAAGACACAAUUUUACACUCCACAGCGGAACAUAUCUCAAUAAGUGCCAUGGGUGGGCAGACUAAUACAUGUCAAGACAGAGCGGAGCUCAGAUUGUUGUUGGAAGACAUCAUGUUUUGGAUCGUAGCCUCUUCCAAGACCAGCUCUCACCUCCAACUGCGCACGUUUGAGGUACUAAACGCCACGAAAUCAGCAGCACCACUUGCGUGUCUGGUACAGCGUACAACAACCAUAGUGGAUUUUGUUGCCUCUUCUUUCCAGGCAAUACCUUCAAUAGAUGAUCGACUGCGUUAUCUUGUCUGGUUUAUAACUGACUCUGCCAUUGGUGUACCAGACCCGUUAUUCGUAACACGCCCUGCUUAUGUGUUGCGUGGUUUGCAGUCCCAUCUUCGACUUCAUGAUUCCUGGAAAAUCACAUCACGUUUACGCAAUAUGUAUCGGACCCUGCCAUUAGACAAGCAGAAGGGGUUGACAACAAGUUUCUUAAAUGUUGAGUAUCGCUGUCCGGGCAAUGCUAGAGACGAAGUUUUACGCGAGUUUAAUAAUUGGCGGCCUUGGGACCUUGCGCACGUGGAAAAGAGUCAUGCGAUGAAGGUUAUCUGGGGAGAUACUCUUGAGCAUGACACGUCCCCAGAAAAGCCGGUCACCCUCUCAUGCGACUUGAAGACCAUAAGGGCUAUCAUUGAGCCUGGUGCCAAACAUUGUGAUAUCAGUGUGGUUGAUAUGUAUGUGGCAAUCGCUUUUGCGUCAACUACCAUCGAUAAAAGAAAUUCACUCUGUAUUCGCUCCCACUGCGCGGGCUUCGCGUUGGGCCUGCGUUGGGAGAUUCUUGACCUAAUAGAAGGCAUCACCGAGGCGAUGUCGAGAACUCAAUCAGCUUCGACAGUACGCCAAGCCCCGAACUAUGAGCAUCCAGAACCGUCGCAAGUGACGGAAAUACAUGUUUUUGUUGGCACAGAUGAUGGAUCGAUCAAUUUUGGAGGAAUCAAUAUAGAACUCUUCCUGCAUGGAUAUGGCCUGAACGGUUCUUUCGUCUUAAGUCCAGGUAUUGAGAAACAGCCGGAGCAGGCAACAAUUCUUUUGAAUGGACAGGGAUGCUCAACGAAGAUUUCUAGCCAAUCCAAGUCUCUGAUGUUGUGGGAAGUCUUGCAGCCACACUUUUACGGCUCGCAUAUAUCUCGCCGAAGCCGGAAUAGAGUGAAGGAUGGUUGGAAAAUGGCUGGUUCUUGUCUCAGUCUGGUUUAUAACAUGCAAGAAGAUCCGCUCAAUUUCAUACACAUUGCGAGCCGAGUCGUGGAGGAUGAAGUACAGUAUAUUAGUGCUUUCAUUCGACGCCUUGAUAUUUCUUCGCCACCGAGUCCACCGUCAAAACAUAUUGAAGAGGUAAAGGGAAUGGCGCGCGACCACGGAUUUCAAGUCGCUCUGUUCUUGGAAGAUUAUCAACUUAAUUUCCGCUUACUGCCGUCACUGAUAUACUCGAUUGACGGGAAAGUGGCUCGAAUGUCCGUCCUGUCAGAUAUUGUGAACGAGAUAGAGGUUGAUUUUGACAUCAAGAAAAACCAUCAUAUCUUUCACGCCGUGGAAAAAGAGAAGUCUCGAUCUGUCUCUGAGAUUGAUAUCCCACCAAUCAAUGGCAGAAUAUCUGGCACGAUGUCAACUGAGAUAAUGUCUCUGAAAGCAGACGUUACUGUUGAGCGGAUAAAGUUGGAAGCGAGUGCAUUGCGUAGCUUAUUGGAUGUGGUUAGACGACCGGAAAUGUCUCAUUAUAUAUCAGACUGUUCGAGUAGUUUGACUGAUCUUCGUCUCCAUCUGAGCGAGACACUGGCUAGGAGAGAACCUAGGCCGCAGUCUCCAGUUGGCUCCACCCGUCAAAGAGAAAUAGCCUACAAUGUCCGCCUCACAAUGGCCGGUUGGCUAAUCCAUGCUCGUGCUCCAGGUUUGAAGAAUAAGAAUUAUUCAGCCGACAUGAACAUCAUUCUUGGCUCAACCCAGGCGCAUAUUGAUUCGUCCGAUGAGAAUGCCAGAUUUGAGUCACCGAAUCUGCAUGUGAACGUAUCUCACAUUGGCCUGGAGUUGAUCAAAGAUGAACAUUCGCGUGCUCAACCAUAUGGUAGCGUUGGGCUUGAUAUCGGUUUUCGUGCAACAUCACGGUCCACGGACCGUGACCAAACAGGUCGCGUGUAUGAUCUGAGCAGUAAAGGAUUCAAUGUGCAAUUGUAUGCCGAGACGGCGUCUUUAGUGAUUGAUAUUGUGGCACAUUUACAGAAUCGCAUCAGAAGCUUAGAUCUGUCGGAAGACAUGAGACGAUUGAAACAUCUAGGACGACUCGCUCGAGCUCGUAGUCACGGACCAUCUAACCCACUUCCCGAACUCAACAUCAUUGACAUGGAAUCCCAUUCUCUGGCGUUCCUGCAAGCAAUAUAUUCAGUCGAGUUGUCAAACAUCCAGAUCUGUUGGAUCAUGGACCAAAAAUAUCAACAGAAAACUGUACUUGAGCCCGAAGACCUGGUUUUUUCAAUUCGAAAGGUCGCACUUUCCACAUCUGGAGAUAAUUCCGCCAAACUUCGCAUUCAAGACACCCAGCUUCAAAUUGCGCCAAAAUCCCAAGACAAAGGCAGACGUUCCUUAAACUCUGCCCUGAUGCCGGAGGUUGUAUUCAAUGUGGCAUAUCUAUUCGCCAAAGAUGAGCUACGGCUUGCUUUUCAAGCGGCGGGGAAAGCUCUCGAUAUACGCUCUACCACAGGAUUCAUACUUCCAGCGAGCCUCUUACAGAAGUCUAUCGCCUCGGCCGCGGAAAGAUUACGGGAGGCAAAUACAAUAUGGUCCACGUCUCCAUCACAAACUCCUAGCGGCAAUGCAUUACUUGGUAAUAGACGUCUGUCGUCUCUACUCGUUGAUGUGGACUUUGCGGGCGCCGUUCUUACUCUAUUGGGUCGCCAACUUGACGAUCAACAGACUCGUCUGGUAGCUACAGCCACCGGGAAGCGGCUUUCAGAAGGUAGAUAUGGACAAUACGUGCAAGGCGAUUCUACCACAACUGCGUCGCUCACUAGCCCCGGUGUCGCUUUGAAAGUGCAAUACGGUGAUAACGGGUUAGACGAUCCGACGUUAAAUGCAGAAUUAAGGGUAAGCCCAUCGAGUAACACGCUCUUCCCAACGGUAGUACCUCUUAUCAAACAAAUCACGACUUCUAUCAAAGAAGUAGUUGGCGAUCAAAGCAACACAAAUAUGUCAUCAUCCUCACUGCUACAGACACCGAAAAUGCUGGAAGACCGCUCAAUUGAUGCGACCAAUCCAGAAAGCAUUCUGGGACGAUGCAAGCUCAAUAUAGGUCUCCGGAUCUGCAAACAAGAGUUCUGUCUGAGUUGUCAACCUAUUGCGAGAGUGGCAGCUACUGCACAGUUUGAAGAAAUUUUUGUGACUGUUAACACAGUACAGUCUCAAGAACAACGACGUUUCUUUGCAAUAUUGAUUGCUUGCAAUAAUCUAGAGGCAUCUGUCAAACAUGUAUACUCGAACGAGUCAACCGCCAGCUUUGAGGUGGAGUCAGUGGUAAUGUCGUUGAUGAAUAGCAAACACGUGAGCACAACGAGUGGGAUUUCUGCAAUAUUAAAGGUGAGCCCGAUGAAAACAAUGAUCAAUGCCAAGCAAGUUCAGGACUUCCUCCUGUUCCGUGAAAUCUGGGUUCCUUCUGAUGACGAGGAUGCUCCAAACCCUGGUCCAAACCCUGGUCCAACGCCUGCUCCAACGCCUUCUGACUCGCAGGCUUUGAUGGUCCAACGUUAUCAGCAAGUGGCAUCAGCAGAAGCCUUUCCUUGGAAUGCAGUACUGUCGAUUGAUGAGCUGCAAAUUCAAUUGGACCUUGGACAAACGCUCGGAAAAGCGGAAUUCAUAAUCAAGAACUUCUGGGUCUCAUCCAAAAAGAAAUCGAACUUGGAGCAAAACUUGUGUGGGGGUUUCGAUAUCAUGGCAAUUGAAAGUAGAGGUAGAAUGAGUGGCUCCGUCACAUUGGAAAAGAUGAGGGUACGAACCUCUAUACAGUGGCCCAACGAGUCCGCAGGAUCAGGCCAGACACCGCUUAUUCAAGCUUCUAUUGGGUUUGGCCAGCUUCAAGCCAAUACAUCAUUCGAAUAUCAACCGUUCCUCGUGGCGGACAUUGUGGCAUUUGAUUUCCUGAUGUACAACGUCCGUCAGCCCGUCCAAGAUCGCCUUGUCAGUAUACUAGAAGGUGAGAAAGUUCAGGUCUUUUGCACGACAUUAACGGCGUCACAAUCUUUGGCCCUCUUUCAAACGUGGCAGCGCUUGGUACAGGAUAAGCAUGCGGCUUAUGAAGCUUCCCUCAAGGAAAUAGAACGAUUCUUCCGUCGCAAGUCUAUGAUGACGGCGUCUACUAUCAGCAGCCCGUCGCUACCGCAAACGACACGGGAAGAUGAUGGGGGAAAGUCACCGGUAACUCUUCAUACCGAUGUCGUGGUGACUUUGAAAGUUGUCAAUGUUGGUGCAUUUCCUAGCACUUUCUUUGAUAACCAGAUUUUUAAGAUGGAAGCUCUUGAUGCCCAGGCGCGUUUUGGUGUGUCUCUAGAGGACGACAAAAUCCAUAGCUCGUUGGGUCUCACACUGGGUCAGCUUCGCGUAGCCUUAUCCGGCGUCAACCGGCCCACUGCGGUCGAGAUGAAAAAAUUGUCGGUGGCUGAAGUUGCAGCACGCGCGACAGGUUCUCGCGGGGGCACCAUCUUAAAGGUCCCCAGGGUGCUGGCUAGCAUGCAAACGUGGCAGGGUGUGACAUCCAAUGAGAUCGACUAUAUAUUUAAAAGUGCAUUUGAGGGUAAAGUCGACGUGGGGUGGAACUACUCCCGAAUCAGCUUCAUUCGAGGUAUGUGGGCGGCUCACUCUCGAGCACUGGCGGAUCGACUUGGAAAGCCUUUACCUCCGUCAGCUGUGCGGAUUAGCGGGGGCCCUAAGCCCGGGGUGCCGGAGGAAGGUGGUGAUGAUCAAGAGGAAACGGGAGACAAUAAUAAUGACAGCGAGGAGCAAGAUAAAGACGAGAGGAUUACUGCAGUCGUGGAUGUGCCUCAAUCCAAAUACGUUUAUCGUCCCCUGGAGCCACCGUUGAUUGAGACUCCGCAGUUACGAGACAUGGGAGAGGCUACUCCGCCGCUUGAGUGGAUAGGAUUGAAUCGCGAACGGCUGCCGAAUAUCACGCAUCAGAUCAUUAUCGUGACACUGUUGGAGAUUGCUAAAGAAGUAUCGGAUGCCUAUGGCAAGAUUCUUGGAUGAGGUAGUAUUCAGUCCUCAGCCACUAUUUUUUAUUUCAUAACUUGUAAAUAUUUACCUUGCAUUAGCCGUCUGGAGUCGGUUUAUUUUACAUAAAUGUCAUACUGUAUUGUGAUUUUGUCUGUUACAUACAUUUGAAUAUCUUAUAUCGUUCGG